AUGUUUUUAUUCUUAUAUCUUGUAAGCUCAAAAAUCAUACAAACAUCUUUUGAAAGUACAGAAGACUUCAUAUGUGAGCCAUUAUCACCUUGUUCAAUUGAAACAGCACUUUCAAAUGUUGAAUCCAAUGAUACAAUUACAAUAUCUGAUAAUAUUAUUGAUGACCAAAGCGAUUACGACAAAUUUUACCAUAUAUUAUCAGAAGUUAUUAAGAGAAAUCUUUCGAUAUCAGGAUCAAAUACAAUUAUUAAUUUCAAAAACAUUUUAAAUCCCAGUAAAUCCAUUAUCACACUUCAGAAUUCAAGAGUUACUAUUUCAAAUUUCAUUUUUUCCGAAAUUAGUCAUUAUAUACUGAUCAAUUCCUUCAACUCUAAUAUUACAUUUGAGAACUGUAUAUUUAAGAGUUGUAAUACAAGUUUACAGAUCUUUGAAUCUAAGAAGUCCAAUAUAUCUUUUAUCAAUUGUAAUAUUCUUGAAAAUAUUGCAUAUCAGCGCAUGUUUUCAAUACAAGAUUCUAGUAUUACGAUGAUCAAUGUUACAUUUAGUCGUAACUGCUUCCGUUACGUAAAUUGUUUUUCAUUAGAUAAAUCUUCGAUAAUUACCAACAAUUUAUGCAUCCAGAAUAACUCAUUACCAUUAUAUUCAUUCAUAUAUGCAAUUAGUUCAAAGAUUUCCCAUAGUUCAUUGAAAAUUUCGAAUAAUGUAGCAAAUCCACUUUUCUUUUGUGAUCAUACAUCAUUAAUCAUUGAAGAAGGUUCGGUUAUUAAAUAUAACUUAGGAACAAUUGCUACAAUGAUAGAAUCCAGCUUCAAAUCCAAAGAUUUAGUUUUGAAAUCGAAUUCUGCUGAUUCAGACUCAUUAAUUUACUCACAAUUCAGUUCAUUUAGCCUAGAAAACUGCAAUAUUAUAUCAAAUUUCCAUUUAUUACUGAAAUUAAAUCAUACAUCAGCAAAAAUAAAGAAUUGCACCAUAAUUUCCAAUAUUGGAUCGGUUCUUUGGAGAAUAUAUAACUCAAAUGCAGAUAUUUCUGGUAUUUACAUUAAUGAGACUAACCAGAAACUGAGUUUCGAUAGAACAAAUCUUUCUUUCACAAAUUCCAUAAUUUCUCACAUACAAAACAUAUCUUUGAAAAGAUCACGCAUUAAUAUUAACCAAGUUUAUUUUGGAAACACUGUUGUUAAUCUCUUUAAACCAAAAAAGAAAUCUUUGAUUCAAUCUUCAUCAUUUUAUGAGACAGACUUAAAGAUUGAAGGAAAAAUAAAGCUUAAUUCAAUAUUAUUUGAUCAAGAAACAUCAAAAAAGCUAGAAACAAACGUGUUUAAGAUGUGUAGAGAUUGUGAGUUUGAUUCUCAAAAGAAAAUGACGCUACUUGCUCCUCUUUCGACUUUUCGUAGAAUUCUACAGAUAAUAUUCGUACUCUUCUUAUUAAUUGUUCCAAUUAUUUGGCUCAAGAAGAAAAUCAAGUUCAUAUUAAGAUAA